AUGGAUUCCACUGCGACAUUUUCCACAGUUAGUGGGUCCCUUCAACCACACAUGGUGGACCUGCUUGGGCAUGCGGCAGCCUACGAUCGGGAGAAGUAUCCAAGGCACCAUAAGCGGCUAGAUGAUCUUCUGGAGAUCUGGUCCGAGCACGGAUACUUCAGUGCCGACCUGCUUCAUCGACUAAAGGAGGUUGUCAAGAACUCGGCCUUGACUGGGGCAACCCCUCUAUCGAACGAUGCAUUAGAAGGUGAUGCCGACCCAACAAAGAAGCUCCUCGGGAAGGAUGCACCUUAUAUCAUGCCAUCAACACACGGAGAUUCGUCCACACCUUACUAUGACCUCCCGGCGGGUAACUGGUUACCUCAUAUUAUUCCCAAUUCCACCAUCCCACUUCACGCAGAAAGCAUCAAGCCAUUACAAUUUCUGGCAGGUCCCGCAGAUGAGACGCUUGUUACGGCUAUAAAGGGUUUCCUGAAAGAUGUGGAUCAAAUUUACGGUACAGAGGAACUUGUCAAGGACGACGAUAAUGUUGAUAUCGAUGAGCUGGGACAAAGAGUUACUCGGGAUGAAAUUAGUGGUGAUGUCCUCGCUGGUGAAACCUACUACGGCUGGUCCCGUGCAUUCUGCCAGCAGAUGAACAGGAGAAAAGCCCGUUCUACCUCUAAUAGCCCAGGCUAUGACAAAGUCGCAAAUGGCCACAAGCGCCGCUAUAGUGAGAGUACCAUGAGCGACAUGAGCAGACGAUCAGACUCCCGAGCUCGGUCUCGGCCCGGUAGACAUGAGGCUCACAGAUAUGGGUCAAGGUCACAAUCCAGAAGUCGUUCUCCACAACGGGCACGUAGUCGUGAAAGAUCCUACUCUCCUCAGCAACCACCGCCGCCCCGAUUCCCCCCUCCCCACCAACCCUCUCAUUCGCACCCCCAUCAUCCUUCUCAGCCACCAGCACCCUUGUAUGGCUUCCCUGUCGUGCCUCCCCCACCUCCCCCACAAUACGCAGGCUCUUGGCCACCUGUCCCACCCCCACAGAUGCCGGGCAUGCCUUUUCCCCCACUUGGCCCGGGCAUGAAUCACCCUGCCUUUCCUCCAUCUUACCACGCCUCACAGCAGAUGAAUCAUCCAUCUGGACAGCCUCUUCCUCCUGGUCAACAUCAUUUCCCCCCUCCUCAUUUUGGAGGGCAAUAUGGUGGCCCUUGGGGCUCACAGGGAGGCCAAGGUUGGCAGUAG